AUGAAACCAAUCUAUGAAGUUUUAGAGCAACUAUACAAGAAAAUACUUCUUGGAAUCUGUCUGUUUCAGAAUUCAGAUAAACUGUUAUCUCACAUGGCUUCAGAAUGUCUCGCAUUGCUUCUGUAUUUCCAAGUGAGAGAAAAGGUAACAUUAAGCAAUUCUUGGAUUACUUUUUGCCAACAAAAUCUUUCUGAAUACUUUGAGAAUGAUAAAGUAGUGUGCUGCCUCUGGACUCUGACAGCUGUAAUAAAAGAAAUCUUCAAAGAUACUUGCUUACAAAAACCAGAAAUCCUGAAGCAGUUCCUGACUCCUUUUAAUACUACUUUUGAAGCAUUUUACAAUUCCUUAUUUUCUCAACGUUUUGAAAAUUGCCAAGAAACUUCUAAACUAAUAAACAGCUUGGUGUGUUUCCUGGAGUUGCUUGAACUUCUUACAGCCUCCGGAAUCUACCUGGAGCUCCAGUUCACCUGCCAGCGCCUUUUCUUUUUGAAUCCUUCUCUCUUGCUAGAUGUUCCUACCUGGCCUGCACCAGCUUUCAUCAGAAGGAAGUUCAUCAUCUUCAUUAAGAAGUGCUUUCUCUUCAAAGUGGGCGAAGACCUCUUUCGUGGCUGUGUUCCUAUAUCAGUGCCACCACCACAGGAUCUUUUAGGCAUGGACAUGUUGGCUUUAGCGAAUGCUGUUUUACAAGCUGUGAGUUUCGGGUGGUUGAAAGCAGUGUUGUCUGUUCAUGGAAAACCUUCCUGCUUUGGAGGCGAUGCCAUUCAUCCUGGAUGUGAAAAUAACUCUGCUCCAGAUUAUGUGAUCCUUAGAGCAACCACCUUAGUUUUACUUAAAUCCUUAGAAAUCAAGUUUCAAAAUUUUACUGCACCAAAUGAAAUACAAGGUAAUUCUCUGAAAUCCUUCUUAGCGGGUGAAGGUUGCUGGCUGCGCCUGGCCUGGCCUGCUUUGCGGACUCCACGUGCCCGCGCGCUCCUCGCUGCCGUCGGUCUGCGUGGCGUCCUGGCCCCGCCUCCCCCCGCCACACCUCCCAGGAUGCACCGCUGCGCACAGCGCCCCCCGCCGGCUCGGAGCAGCGCCUCGGCCUGCGGACCUGAGGAGAAGGUGGGCCUGAGCGCACGUAGGCCAGCGCUGAGGCCUGAGCUCUGA